UAUCCCCAGUCCGCGAAGGCAGGCACGCAAUAACGAAAUGUCGUCGAAGUCAACCAUGAUUUUGGGUUACUGGGAUAUUCGCGGGCUGGCGCAUGCCAUCCGCAUGCUCCUGGAGUUCACGGAGACAGCCUAUGAAGAGAAAAGAUACACGUGCGGGGAAGCUCCUGACUAUGAUAAAAGCCAGUGGCUGGAUAUGAAAUUCAAACUAGACCUGGACUUUCCUAACCUGCCCUAUCUCAUGGACGGUAAGAACAAGAUCACCCAGAGCAACGCCAUCUUGCGCUAUAUCGCCCGCAAGCACAAUAUGUGUGGUGAGACUGAAGAAGAAAAGAUUCGCGUGGACAUGAUGGAGAACCAAAUAAUGGAUUUUCGCAUGCAACUGAUAAAACUCUGCUACAACGCUGACCACGAAAAACUGAAGCCUCAGUACUUGGAACAGCUACCUGGACAACUGAAACAGUUCUCCUUGUUCCUGGGGAAAUACUCAUGGUUUGCAGGGGAAAAGCUCACCUUUGUGGAUUUCCUCACCUAUGAUGUGUUAGAUCAGAACCAUAUCUUUGAGCCCACGUGCCUGGAUGAAUUUCCAAAUCUGAAGGCUUUCAUGCGCCGUUUUGAGGCCUUGGAGAAAAUAGCUGCCUACAUGCAGUCUGACCGCUUCCUUAAGAUGCCCAUCAACAACAAGAUGGCCCAGUGGGGCAACAAGAGAAUAUGCUGAGCAGGAGGCAUACUUGCACUGCUUGUUUUGUUCCAUCCUGUCCCUAGGGGGGCCUGUACUUUCUCUGCUCUUUUCAAUAAAUAGCACUGCAGUUA